CCACACUUAUUCUAAAAAAUUUCAAAAUCCCAGAGACGUCUUUGUAUACGUCACAGGGUCACACUCUCCCUUCUCUACACCCAGAUCUCCCAAAAUGAGAGAGUGCAUCUCCAUCCACAUCGGUCAGGCCGGAAUCCAAGUCGGCAACGCCUGCUGGGAGCUUUACUGCCUCGAACACGGCAUUCAGCCUGAUGGGCAAAUGCCGAGUGACAAGACCGUCGGCGGCGGAGACGACGCCUUCAACACCUUCUUCAGUGAAACCGGAGCCGGAAAGCACGUCCCCCGCGCCGUGUUCUUGGAUCUGGAGCCCACCGUCAUCGACGAGGUGAGGACCGGAACUUACCGUCAGCUGUUCCACCCCGAGCAGCUCAUCAGCGGCAAAGAGGACGCCGCCAACAACUUCGCCAGAGGCCAUUACACGAUUGGAAAGGAGAUUGUGGAUCUGUGCUUGGAUCGGAUCCGGAAGCUUGCGGACAACUGUACUGGGCUUCAAGGGUUUCUGGUGUUCCAUGCCGUCGGAGGUGGGACUGGAUCUGGGCUUGGAUCUCUGCUCCUGGAGAGGCUCUCUGUGGACUAUGGGAAGAAAUCUAAGCUUGGAUUCACUGUUUACCCAUCUCCUCAGGUUUCGACCUCUGUGGUUGAGCCUUACAACAGUGUUUUGUCCACUCACUCGCUCUUGGAGCACACUGAUGUGGCUGUGCUUCUGGACAAUGAAGCCAUCUAUGAUAUCUGCCGCAGAUCGCUUGACAUUGAGAGACCAACUUACACCAACCUCAACAGGCUUGUUUCUCAGGUUAUUUCCUCACUCACUGCUUCUCUGCGUUUUGAUGGAGCACUCAAUGUUGAUGUGACUGAGUUCCAGACCAAUCUGGUGCCAUACCCUAGAAUUCAUUUCAUGCUUUCAUCCUAUGCACCAGUGAUCUCUGCCGAGAAGGCCUACCAUGAGCAACUCUCUGUGGCUGAAAUCACCAACAGCGCCUUUGAGCCGGCCUCUAUGAUGGCCAAAUGUGAUCCUAGGCAUGGGAAGUAUAUGGCUUGCUGCCUGAUGUACAGAGGAGAUGUGGUACCAAAGGAUGUGAAUGCUGCUGUGGCCACAAUCAAGACCAAGAGGACCAUUCAGUUUGUGGAUUGGUGCCCAACUGGGUUCAAGUGUGGUAUCAACUACCAGCCCCCUACUGUUGUACCUGGUGGUGACUUGGCCAAGGUUCAGAGGGCUGUGUGCAUGAUUUCUAACUCCACUAGUGUUGCUGAAGUGUUUUCAAGGAUUGAUCACAAGUUUGAUCUGAUGUAUGCUAAGCGUGCUUUUGUGCACUGGUAUGUUGGUGAGGGUAUGGAAGAGGGUGAGUUUUCGGAAGCUAGGGAGGACUUGGCUGCCCUUGAGAAGGAUUAUGAAGAAGUUGGGUUGGAGUCAGCUGAGGGUGAAGAUGGUGAGGAUGAUGAGUACUAGAUAUUGCUCUAUGGUGAGGAUAAAAGAAUUUGCUUGUCUUCAAAGCUGUGUUUUGGGUUCUGCCAAUGGACUCAUUGGUCUGUCAACCAUGAACAAGCCAUCGUAGUUUUCUUAUUUGUGUAAUCUCGGAUUAACGGAAGCUUUUGUUUUCAAUAA